UGAUAUACUUGACCAACAAGCUGAGUGCUAUAAAAGUGAAUUCAACGCUGCAGAUGACGAUCAUACGAAGGGCAAAAAAUGUGAUGAAUACUUAUCGACUGAACGGAUUGAUGCUACAAUUUUCAUAAAUAUGCGCGGAUAUGAUAACCUUACUCAACUAUAUUGUUAUAUUUUAAACACUUCACGACCGUUUAAUGAAUCUCAUGGAGUAAAUCCUCUUGUAUUUGAUAAUUCGACCCAGAAAAUUGCCAUAGUAUUAUGGUCAAGUAAAUUAGCUAACAAUACAAAAUUAGGAAUGACUGAAGAUCAUUGGUUCAUGUUCGGAACAUUCACUGAAUCAGAAGAUUAUAGGUAUAUUAAGUUUCAAAUUGUCAAAAUGCCAUCUAUAUCAUAUUUAUAUUUCAAGAGAAUAGAAAAGUAUGGCAUCGACAAUAAUGAUAUUUUAACCGGUGGUACAACUGGGCAAACCAUUCAAAAAUCUGUCGAAUUGGAUAAAACGUUUACAAGUUUUGCUAUAGCUGGAUUUGCACUUAGCCCUAAUCUUUGGGGACUUUUCAGAAUUAUUCCAGAAGAAUAUGUUAAGAAUGUGAAAAUAAAUGCUCAGGAAUAUCCUGUAGAACAUUGGAAUGACCGAAUAGAAUUUACACUUUUUCAACUUACUGCCAACAUGGGAGGUUUCCUAAGCGUACUUAGUAUUAUUUAUCUUGUUCUAUUUGGAUCACGAAGAAUAAAUCCCUGGGGUAUUGUUCAACGUCAUACCAAUGAUCCACAAACUCAGGAACGCCAUUCUUUCGAGAAAACAUGUAUUUUAUCAACAUCAACUGCAAAUACGGAUGAGCCGACCAUUCAACAGAUAAAACAGGAAUUGCGUGAUGAAAUGAAAAGUGAAAUAGUGAAAUUAAGAGAGUUUCUGA